CCUGCUUUCAAAAUCACAAAUGAGAAAGGGUUUUAUUAAAGAUGGAUGCAAAAGUUUUGAUCGUAAUAUUCGCUUUCGCCAUAUGCUUGGUGAACGCUAAUAUAAGUGGCACCAAUCCACCAAAUGGAGCAUGUCUUUGUGUUUCAGCAAGUGGACUUAAUGUAAGGGGCAGCGCAUGCGGAGGCAGAGUAGGAGGGGCGAGAAGUGGCCAAUGUUUCACAUACAAAGGGAGGAACAGUUGGUGCAGUCUCAGUGGCAGAUCUUGGCAUUUCUUCAACUUUAAUUUCAACGGAAGGGACGGAUGGGCAGCAGGGAAUUAUCUCACCAUUGGCUCUGCCAGUCGUUGUGGAAGUGGACCACCCCCUGUUGGUAACUGCGGUAGAAUCAUCAGUAGAGCUGGAUGGGGCGCUAGACCUCCAAGGCGGGUUGGCAGAAUGAGAACACCUGUUUCAAUGGUGUUUGUGCACCACACAGCAGGACCAUUCUGCAGUUCAAGGUCUGCAUGCGCCGCCACGGCAAGAAACACCCAGCGGUACCAUAUGAAUAGCAGAGGAUAUUCUGAUGUUGGGUAUAGUUUCCUCGUUGGUGAAGAUGGUAUGGCCUAUGAGGGUAGAGGAUUCACAACCGUCGGAGCACAUACGCGAGGCUACAACUCGAGAGCCAUUGCCAUCUCCGUCAUGGGCAACUUCAUGAGGAGAACCGCCAAUGCUGGAGCACAGAGAGCCAUUCAAGAUGUUAUCGCGUGUGGAAUAUCUCGGGGUUUCGUUCGUUCCAACUACGAGCUGUUCGGCCACAGGAAUGGCGGGUGUACAGCUUGUCCUGGUGACCAACUAUACAACACAAUUACAAGAUGGCCGCGUUUCAGUAGAAGAAGAAUACCAAGAUACUGUUAAAAGCGGAAGCAAAACUUCAAGAGAUUUUUCAAUAAAGAUAGAUAAAUGAAUUCAACAUGUCAAUAAGAUGUUCAGAACGGUUCCAAAAACCAGCAGUAGCUGCCUCACCGAAAUAUCUACAUUGUUCAGUUUGCAAUUUAAAGAGCCGCAAUUCAAAUGACUUAAACAUAAAAAUCAUCCAUUACAACUAGCAAAC